AUGGGUGGACCUGAUCCAGGUCGAUUAGUCAAUCCUGAUUAUAUUACCAAAAAACCAAUCGAUUUAUCUUCUCUUCCUGAACUUGAACCGACCGAAUUUUUACCUUCUAAUGUGGGAAAGCUUUAUAAAUUCUCAGCACAUAGUUUGAAAGCUUUUGAACGGUUUUCGUUACCUGAUUCUAUUGCAGUAGAUUGGAAGCCUACACCUACACCUACUACUACGAUGCGAAAGGCUUCAGUGGAGAUGAUCUCUAAAUUGAAUAACUCUAUUUCACAUAAAGAAGGGGAUCCAUCGGUUUUAACUCUCACCGGUCCACCAGGAAGUGGAAAAUCUACAGUGAUGCUUCAAGCUGUUAGUCAUGCAGUUCAACAGAAUUGGAUAGUACUUUAUAUACCAGAUGUCAAAUCAUUGGUCAAUGGACAAUAUGCAUAUGAAUAUUGUCCCAAAAAUCAAAUUUAUCAUCAAAACACUUUAUCAGUUUCAAUUCUGAACACAUUGAAAUCAAGUAACUUGGGAGGCAUCAAUCUUGAUCAAGAGUAUAAAUUAUAUGGAAUGAAAGAUGAAAAAUUAAUUGAAUCUACGGAACCAAUCCAAGUAGGUUUACCGAUCACGAAUCUGAUUCAAAUUGGAAUCCAUCAACCACAUCUUGCCCCUAAAGUCUUGGAGAUCGUCUUGGAUGUCUUGGCUCAUCAAACUUUAAGACCUAUGCUUUUGGCUUUAGAUGGAGUUCAAAACUUGUUGAAACCUUCGGGUUAUAAAGAUGGCAGUUUUCAAGAUAUUGAUAGUUUUGUUUUAAAUGUACCUAGAGCUUUGCUUCGAUUUGCAAGGGGAUCGAUUCGUUUAAAAAAAGGAUUAACUUUAUUAAGUGCUUCAUCACUUGAUCCCACAUCUAAAUCAAUAGCAUGGGAUCUUACAGCUUUGAAAGGAGAAAUGCCUUCAGGUUAUAUUUGGCCAGGUUGGGCGGCUUAUGGUGAAUUGGCUAAACCGAUCUAUGGGUUUCCUAAACUUGAGAUUGGUAGUUUGGAAAGAGAAGAAGCAGUUGGGAUGGCCAUUGGAUUACAACUUACUAAACAAAUUCUUGGUCCUUUGAGUGAUCGAGUGUUUGUUAGACAUUUAGUUUCUUCUAGUGGAAAUGCUAGAGAGUUUAGAAGAGAAAUUAAAUUUCAAACUGGGUUAUGA